CAUUUUGCAGCCAAAACUUUCGGCAAAGCAUCAUCAGCCGAUUACCACCAAGGAAAAGACCUCAAACCUUCCCUUCGACGCCCUCACCCUCGCAACCGCCACACCCCACGAUCCCUCACGAUGGCGACCCUCGCGACCGCUUCUCGUCUCUGCUUGCGCACGGCUGCAAAGCCCGCCGUCCCUGCUGUGCGCGCCCUCAGCACCACCGCCGUUCGAACCGACAGCGCGUCCGCCUCCGGAUACUCCAGCCCUUUCAAGUUCCAGGGUGAGAGCAAGGGCUCUCAGAUUCCCAACUUUGGAAAAUAUGUCUCCUCCGGCAGCGAGACAAAGAACAAGCUCUACUCGUACUUCAUGGUCGGUGCUCUCGGUGCCGUCAGUGCUGCUGGAGCCAAGAGCACAGUUCAGGAGUUCCUGGUCAACAUGUCUGCCUCCGCCGACGUUCUGGCCAUGGCCAAGGUUGAGGUUGAUCUGAGCUCUAUCCCCGAGGGCAAGAACGUUAUCAUCAAGUGGCGAGGCAAGCCCGUCUUCAUCCGACACCGAACCCAGGACGAGAUCGACCAGGCAAACAAGGUCAACAUCUCUGCUCUCCGAGAUCCCGAGGAGGACAGCGCCCGUGUCAAGAACCCCGAGUGGCUUAUCAUGUUGGGUGUCUGCACCCAUUUGGGUUGUGUCCCCAUUGGCGAGGCAGGUGACUACGGCGGUUGGUUCUGCCCUUGCCACGGUUCUCACUACGAUAUCUCCGGCCGAAUAAGGAAGGGUCCUGCCCCUCUCAACCUCGAGAUUCCCGAGUACGAUUUCCCCGAGGAUGGCAAGCUGGUCGUCGGUUAAGCGGACCAUGUAAGAGUAUAUCUUUUAUAACGGAGAAACGAAGGAAAGGAGAGAUGGGAGUGGGAGCGCAUUAGACUGGCGGGCGGGCCACAACACACAACACUCGACGCAUGCCCAUACCGAGGCCCCUGGGUGGGCGCAAGUUUGCUGUUUCUUAGACGUGGCCUUUCUGUCCAUUUGUAUAAAAAUAAAACGUCCUAGGAAAAAUCUCAGUCGACAGGCUCAAAGAGAGGGGUUGAGGAAAAGACAAGGGCGGGAGAGUGAGUGCAAGAUGCAUCUCGUGUACGAGGUGUUGUACUAAUUGAAUUUCAUUGCCUUUACUUUGAGGUGAAAUGAUCGAUUAUGUGAAGUGCGAGAGCAUGCUUAUGCUCAGCACCAGACUUCUAUACUUUGAAACGGGUA